AUGGCUUGUUUUAUAUCUAUAAUAUUCGUAUUUGCGGUAUUCGGAAACGUGAUCGCUUUGACUGAGGUGGAGCAAGCAUGUAUUAAUACAUAUUCUGAACCUUUAGAUAACGACUUUCUAAUUGGAACUUGGUACGAUGUUUACAAAUUUGCAAUUAUUUUGAACUUGAUUCCUUCGAGUUCAUGCGUAAAGACAGUCAUAACGAAGGCGCCUCCUUCUGAUGUCCAGAGAUAUGUUGACGCUUACAAAUUGGAAAAUCCAUAUUCCUUUAAUGAUAAUCCGAUCUUAUUGGACCGACAUAAUGGACAAUUUAAAAGUAUGAUAAUGGGCCAUAACCAAGCGAAAUUUCUCGUAUACGAUCCAGAAACCACUUAUUUCUUGGAAGACAGGUAUGAGGCAAGAGUAUACAUGAAAGUGAACGAUGAUUAUAUGCUAUUCCACCAAUGUUCAUUACGUGGUCAUCAGAAAUGGUUGUUGUCGAGAAAGAACAGCACAACUAUUGAAGAAUUAGAUGCAGUGCUCAAGUCUAUACAAUCUGAAGUAAGAAACCUUGAAACUCAAAGAUAUUGUGCUUAACUAAAUGAUGUCAUUGUGUUUAAAUUGAAAUUGAU